GAGCAAGUUCCUAUGUUUUUUUAAAGUGGACGCUACUCAUUUAGAAAUAUUACGGUAAAAUUGCAUCAACACUAGUGAAAGAGGACGAGCAUUUAGUAGUGACAGGACUUUAAGUUUACUCUAACAGUACGAGGUUCAAGUGUGUGUGGUAAGGAAGCAUGUCUGAUGUGAUGACGAACCCUUAUGCACACAUUGUUGAGCCUCUGGACCCCCAGAAGCCUGACCACAAGUUUUUCAACCUAAGGAAGCUUGGUGACCCCAGAUAUGAUCACCUUCCAUUCUCCAUCCGUGUGCUGCUGGAGUCUGCAGUGAGGAACUGUGAUGAGUUCCUAGUAAAAAAGGAUGAUGUGGAGAAAAUCCUCAACUGGAAGGUGACACAGAGUCAGACCGUGGAGGUGCCUUUCAGACCAGCCCGUGUCAUCUUGCAAGACUUCACGGGAGUUCCUGCAGUGGUCGACUUUGCAGCUAUGCGUGAUGCAGUGAAGAAAUUACAGGGCGACCCUGAGAAGAUUAAUCCUGUCUGUCCUGUGGAUCUUGUCAUAGACCAUUCCAUUCAAGUGGACUUCAACAGGAAGUCUGACAGCCUUCAGAAAAACCAAGAGCUUGAAUUUGAAAGGAACAGAGAACGAUUUGAGUUUUUAAAGUGGGGUUCUAAAGCAUUCCGGAACAUGCGGAUCAUUCCUCCAGGCUCAGGAAUUGUACAUCAGGUCAAUCUAGAGUACCUGGCCAGGGUUGUGUUUGAUCAGGAUGGUUACUACUAUCCGGACAGUCUGGUGGGCACCGACUCCCACACAACCAUGAUUGAUGGGUUGGGAGUACUGGGCUGGGGUGUGGGAGGUAUUGAGGCAGAGGCAGUCAUGUUGGGUCAACCAAUCAGCAUGGUGUUGCCAGAGGUCAUAGGCUACAAACUACAGGGGACACCCAGCAAAUACAUCACCUCCACUGACAUAGUGCUUACUGUCACCAAGCAUUUGCGGCAAGUUGGUGUGGUUGGUAAGUUUGUGGAGUUCUUCGGCCCUGGUGUUGCCCAGCUGUCUAUCGCUGAUCGUGCCACCAUUGCCAACAUGUGCCCUGAGUAUGGAGCCACUGCUGCCUUUUUCCCUGUAGACCACAUCAGUGUGCAGUAUCUGGAGCAGACAGGGAGGGAUUCAGAGAAGCUGAGCUACAUAGCUCAAUAUCUGAAAGCAGUGGGCAUGUUCAGAGACUACAGCAACACAGCUCAAGAUCCACAUUUCACUCAGGUUGUUGAGUUGGACCUCAGUGCUGUCGUCCCCUGCUGCAGUGGUCCCAAGCGGCCACAUGACAAAGUGGCUGUUUCAGACAUGAAGGAGGACUUUGAAAACUGUUUAGGAGCCAAGCAAGGCUUUAAAGGAUUCCAGGUGGCCCCUGAUCGUCACAAUGCUAGUGUACCUUUCCAGUAUAACGGGGCAGAGUAUUCCCUCUCUCACGGAUCUGUGGUCAUCGCUGCCAUUACGAGCUGUACCAACACCAGUAAUCCCUCGGUCAUGCUGGGAGCAGGUCUCUUGGCCAAGAAGGCUGUUGAGUGUGGUCUCAGUGUCAAGCCGUAUAUAAAGACCAGUCUGUCGCCGGGUAGUGGAGUGGUCACCUACUACCUUAAAGAGAGUGGAGUCAUGGACUUCCUCUCACAGUUAGGUUUUGAGGUUGUUGGCUAUGGUUGUAUGACCUGCAUUGGAAACAGUGGACCCCUUCCAGAGCAGGUUGUCGAGGCAAUUACUCAGGGUGAUUUAGUAGCUGCUGGUGUCCUUUCUGGAAACAGAAACUUUGAGGGUCGUGUUCAUCCCAACACACGCGCCAAUUAUUUGGCUUCUCCUCCACUGGUCAUUGCCUACGCCAUCGCUGGCACAAUGAGGAUAGACUUUGAAAAGGAGCCCUUAGGAGUGAACUCUGAAGGAAAGAAGAUUUUCCUGAGGGACAUCUGGUCCACACGGGAGGAAAUCCAGGCAGUGGAGAGACGGUUUGUUAUUCCUGCCAUGUUUAAAGAGGUCUAUGAAAAAGUGGAGAAAGUAAAUGAACGCUGGAACUCCCUGAAAGCCCCCUCUGACAAGCUGUAUACCUGGGAUCCCAAUUCUACCUACAUAAAGUCCCCACCUUUUUUUGAUGGACUGACCCGGGAGCUCCAGCCACCAAAGUCCAUAACAGAUGCAUAUGUUCUGCUCAAUUUGGGAGAUUCUGUGACCACAGACCACAUCUCGCCUGCUGGAAACAUUGCACGUAACAGCUCUGCUGCCCGUUACUUAACUGGCCGUGGACUCACUGCGAGAGAGUUCAACUCGUAUGGUUCUCGUCGAGGCAACGAUGCAGUCAUGGCUCGAGGCACAUUUGCCAACAUCCGCCUCUUCAACAAGUUUCUUAACAAGCAGGCACCCUCCACAACUUACCUUCCUACAGGGGAGACGAUGGAUGUGUAUGAUGCAGCAGAAAAAUAUCAGCAGGCUGGUCAUCCUCUUUUGGUUCUAGCUGGUAAAGAGUAUGGAUCAGGCAGCUCCAGGGAUUGGGCUGCCAAAGGACCCUUCCUGCUGGGCAUUAAAGCUGUGCUAGCAGAGAGUUAUGAGCGGAUUCACCGCAGUAAUCUGGUGGGCAUGGGCAUCAUCCCUCUAGAGUACCUGCAUGGAGAAACGGCUGAAAGCCUCGGACUCACUGGCCGCGAGCGAUACUCUGUGGUCAUUCCCCCACAGCUCACGCCCAGAAUGACCGUGGACGUCAAGCUGGACACUGGGAAAACAUUUCAAGCUAAGAUGAGGUUCGAUACGGAUGUGGAGCUCACUUACUUCCUUCAUGGUGGCAUUCUCAACUACAUGAUUCGCAAAAUGUCUGAAAAUUGAAAUGCAUAUGAUGCUUUCUUCAGGAAGUUUCACACUAAACGCACAUAUCCACCAUCUUGAUACUUCUUUUGUUUUUUUCCGUCCUGACUGUUUUUUUUUUGUUUGUUUUUUUGUAAGAACCAGCCAAUUCACUCUUUGGUUUUAAGUAUCAUGUUUGCUGUUAAAUUUUGGAUUCAAAGUCAACAUCAAAAUAUCAUGUAUAUUCAUAUAUUAAACAUGUUUGAAGUACAAUCUUCAAGAUCUGAAGUAUAUGUAGAGAGUUAUAUGAUAAGAUUCUGUUUUUAUUUUGGUGUUAUGCAUCAAAUGGCUGUAGUGGUUUGGUGUAGGUUCAGUGGGAUUGAACGGAAAGUUUGAAAGCAUUAGAUGUUGUCAAUGACAAACUUCACCUUCUCCUUUCUAACCCUACCUCAGCACUGCCAAACCGCAGUCCCAUUUUUUCUUUCUUGUUUUGUCAACAUCAAUUUAUAAAUGACCAAAUAGUUUUAUUAAUUACUGUAGUAACACUGAACUUGGACACAAAUUCUUUACAGAUAACGAUUGCACAAUCAAAGUAUGCAUGCACAGCAAUUAUUAAAAGAUAUAGAAUUUUUGAAUUAGAAUUUUUGACUUUAAGAUGUGUGGUGAACCAUCGCCCCUCUCUAACUGUCAAGGCAAAGAAAGGUUGCUCCAUUUUGAUUGGAUUGUGGCAGGAUCAACACAAACGUCAAGCACAGCCAUCAGAUAAGCUGCUCGGACAGCUCCCAGACACCCCUCACAAGGCAAGAAAGACCUUCCAACAUGUUGGAAAAGACUUCUCAUUGGUCCAUGAGUGGUUUCUUAGCAACCUCUCACACCCCCCAUCCUAAGGUUUGCCCAAGUCCAGAGUUGAGAUAAAGACCAUAAAUAUCUUCAAGACAUCUUGAAGCAGCAUUAACCAUGUGGCAAAAGCUGAAACGAAGAAGCCACAAAGACAAAUCUUUACACGCAAACUUUUAUUCCUAACAUGGACACCAACUGCAACACAUCCAUUCCAUGUUUGUUCACAGAACUGUUUAUUUAAAUUGCAGUUGUUCAAUUAGCACAAUAGUUCACACAAACUAUGAUGGUAUAAAUUAAUGCAUGCAUAAUAUUUAAUCUUUCAAUAUCAUGUUUGGUUUCUAUAUCUUCAGAAAAAUGCCAAGAGUUUGGAAAAGGAACAAUGCAUAGAUGAAACUUUAAAGACGUUCUAACUAAGUACUUUAAAAUAUGCAAAUGUUUCACAUAGAGAAGGGAGGGUGAGCCACACUGUGUAGACCCCCCUCUGAUCUUAGCAGCCAAUCAUAACCCUGAAACAAGCGUCAAACUGAAAUCUCGUCAUCAAGAAGGUAUAAAACUAUCAUCUGGAUGACCUCACCUUUGUCCUGAGUCAUUAUGAGGUCCAUGUUGAUGGACUCUCCUCUUCAGUUCACCCCACAAAUUUUCUAUGGGGUUCAGGUCAGAGGACUGGGAUGGCCAUGGCAGAACCUUGAUUUUGUGGUCAGUGAACCAUUUUUGUGUUGAUUUUGAUGUUUGUUUUGGAUCAUUGUCCUGCUGGAAGAUCCAACCAGGGCUUAUUGUAAGCUUUCUGGCAGAGGCAGCCAGGUUUUGAAUUUUUAUCUGUUGGUAUUUGAUAGAGUCCAUAAUGCCAUGUGUCCGAACAAGAUGUCCAGGACCUCUGGCAGAAAAACAGCCCCACAACAUUAAAGAUCCAACACCACAUUUAACCGUGGGUAUUGGGGACUACUUCAUCUCUGUGUGCGCCAAACCCAUCUCUGGUGCUUGCUGCCAAAAAGCUCUUUUUUUUGUUUAAUCUGACCAUAGAACCCGGUCGCAUUUUAAGUUCCAGUAGUGUCUGGCAAACUGAAGACGCUUGAGUUUGUUGUUGGAUGAGAGAAGAGGCUUUUUUUUUCUUGAAACCCUCCCAAACAACUUGUGGUGAUGUAGGUGAUGUCUGAUAUUUUUUGGGGGGGACCUUCUGACCUCAAGACCCAACUAAUUUCUGCAAUUCUCCAGCUUUGAUCUUUGAAGAUUCUUUGGCCACUUGAACCAUCCUCCUCACUGUGCGUGGAGACAGUAUAGACACACGUCCUUUUCCAGGCCGAUUCUUAAGAUCUCCAGUUGAUUGGAACUUGUUAAUUAUUGCCCUGAUGGUGGAAAUGUAUUUUUUUCAAUGCUUUGGCUAUUUUUGGCAAGUAUUGGCAAUGCAAUGCAUUACUGAGAAUUUACCUGUUGAGUGAAAUACUGAAAGACAAUGUGUCACACAUUCUAAAGUUUUAAACAAAGAGUCCAUCAGAUGAGUUAUUUUAACAAUAUGAACUUUGCUCUUUAUUAAGCUGUAGGAUAUUUACUAUGCAUUUUGAAGUGCCUUUAUUUUGUGUUAUAACAUAACCACCAGAAUAAUUCUCUUGUGUGUUCACACUUGGUCGUCUGUCUAUAUUCAUUAUGAAAUAUGUAAAGCAUUCCUGUGCAAAGUGCUUAUUUUCAUGAAGGACAACAGAAUCCACCCAAAGCUGAUUUCACACUCAUCUUGCUGAUCCUGAGUAAAUACAAUUGGAAUCAGGUGUGACUUUGCUGUUUCAAAUGCAUACGCUCUUCUGUAAUGUUCAAACUGUACUUUACUUCAAUUUAGGAUUAUUUUCAGGAUUUAUGAAAUUAAAAUAGUCGUUGAGGGGUUUUUGGAUUUAGAAACACACUUCCUUUGACGGAACCAUAAUAGAGCCAUUACGACAUUAUUCUUAUACAAAUAAUAGGGGUUUUGUAAACUUUUACAACAUGUUCUGUUAUAGCCAAAAGUAAAUAAAAAUUGUACAGCUUUUUGUAAUGUUUCAAGCCCAGAAUGCCACAAUCUGAGUAUUUCAGUAGCCAGGUAGAUUAAACUCUAUUAUAAAGACAGAGGGCCAACACUCACAUCUACAAUGUUGUAAAAAUCUGGCUUUAUUCAAAUAAAUGUUCAUGGGAAAA